CUUAAAGAUGCCGGCACUAAAAUUAUUCACGGUUGGUCACCUCAACACUACAGACAGGUGACAAGGAAUCAAAAUCUUCCUCCUUUCUCAGACCAUUCAAAUCUCUUUCAACACUUUGCAAAUUCCGCAACAAAAACCAUUUUUCCCUUCAACCAUUCUCCUCUUCCUUAAUUUCUGGUGUUGGGUUUUCUUCUCCAAACCAUGGAUGGUGUUACUGUUAAGCUUGAGCCAGAACAGCAGGUUUCAGCUCUAGAAUCUUCACCUCAUGGUGACAGUGUUGAUGGGGUUGCUACUAACAAGUCAGUGGCUGCAUCUGGACUGAAUGCUGUGAUUCCUAAUACAAGUAAGGUUACCAUCUUCUAUAAUGGGAGUGUUCAUAUCUAUGAUGGAAUACCGGCAGAUAAGGUGCAUGAAAUAAUGCUUAUUGCUGCUGCUGCCGCCAAGUCUGUUGAAACAAAGAAGAUUGGAAUGCAAUCUCCCAUCAUUUCACCAGUUCCCUCAAGGCCUUCUUCUCCACAUGGAACCACUAAUAAUAUUGCUUCAACCCAGGAACUUUGCUUUCCUGCAAAGAAGAGUUCCAUCUGCAGGCUGCAAGGUGAAUUUCCAAUAGCACGCCGUCAUUCACUUCAAAGUUUUCUUGAGAAGCGGCGAAACAGGCUGGGGAGCAAAGCCCCUUAUUCUUCUUCAUCAACAACAAAAGCGGCAGUGGCAGACAACAUAGAAAACAACUUCUCUGCUGACAAUGCACCAGAUUUGGUUUCCUCGAAACGACCAGAGGAGAAAUUUCAGCCAACUAUAUCUGCCUCUUGAGAGUGAUCAGUGUUGGUUCUGCUUUAUGUGUUGUGUUUAUGUGGAAGGUAGUGUGCAUGCAUGUGACUUACAGGAGCUAGUGUAAUUGUUACCAUGUUCUGGAGUCUGUAACUUUAUUUUAUAUGCAACUUAACUCUUGAACUCAGAAUGUUCAAAAGUGUGACUUGAAACUUGCAUGUCAGGGUAUGUCUAGAAAGAAUGCAUUGUGCUCAGAUCACCCCAACUUUGAACUGUUUUUCAUGUAUCUGAAUGUGUCUAUGUACAACUGAUUAUUCGUUUUGUUAAUGUUUGAACAUCUACUCUUAUGACA